AACCAUGCGGAAACUUUCCCGAUAGCGAAGCAUGUCUCUAGCAAAAUAGCAGUCAGUCUUCUUCCAAAGCCAGAAAAAGGUACGCAACACAACGGUAAAGAUUUUAGUGCAGGGUGAAUACCGGCUUCUCUUCCAAACACGGAACACAAUGAAUAUGUACUGACAAAGAAGACAAGGAAAAGCAAGCCGUGCAUGGAGCGGACUUUACAGCCAAUACUACUUGAACUAUUUACUCGGUAACGUAAUAUUAACGAAUGCGACGACUCAUCCGUAUCUUCUCUGAUCAUAUUAACGCCAAAGCCACUUUUUACUAACUCAGGAACGGCUCAUUUCUAAGAUAUGGUUGAGCGGACUUCCCAAACUAGUAUUACAGGGGCGCAUCUGCUGCUGGGUUUUUUCUUUGCUGUUUUCACUUGUAGUUACAGUUAUCCAGACAUCUAUCACGUUCGACCAAAUGGUAGCAGAGUUAUUCAACCGUAUUCUUGCCAAGAUCCUGCAACAAAGGAAGAGGGUGUUUGUAUGUUUUCUUGGAACUGUCAACGGUCUAACGGGACACAUCUAACAUAUUGCAUGGACAGGUUUUAUUUUGGAAGCUGUUGCAAACUUCCGCCUGGUGUAUACAUAGCUACGCCGCCAUCAGUUUUAUCCAAUGAAGUAACAGUCCCUCAAAAACACAAACCGCGGCCAAGUACGCGGCGAACUACAACUGAAAAACCAACAACAAAGUAUGAAUUUUCUUCUGAUGAAUUAGAGGAGAAACGAGUUUCAACUAUUUCAACUCGCCCAAGACCUUCCAGACCAACGAAAGUUCCUCACACAGAAUUUCCUCCUGGCUUGGUGACUUGGCGGCCAUUGGAAGAAACUGUGAGUACCAGAGGUCCAGUGAAAGUCAAACCCACAAAAUUUUUCUCCAACAAACCUUUAUUUGCAAGUUCUACUACAAAGUCAAAACCAAUUGUCAGGCCAAAACCAACCAUACAAACAAGCAGAAGGACGACCCUUCUGUCAACAUCAGCUGUAACGUCCUCAACUCGAAGGAAAACUAGGCCGACGAGACCAUAUGGUGUUACAAGUGGUAAAAGAAAAACAAGACCAACUAGACCCUACGCUACCACAAACAGCACUUUCUCUGAUAUCACUCAACGAAAAACUAAACCUACUCGACCAUAUCAUAGACCAACAUCAAAACCAACGACAGAAAGUACUACUGUUCGCAUUGGAACUUGGUCUAACAUUCUAGAUCAAACAACGCGCCCACUUACAGUUUUAGCGACGCGACUAACUACACCAGUAUUUAGUCGUGUCACAACGAAAUCUACUCGAACUCCAACUUUAUCAACAACAAAGCGAUUGCCCGGAGCUACUCGUCCACCAGUUGUAACUCGAAGACCAACAACUCGACUGCCUGUAACGCAGUCACCAACGCGUAGACCAACCACUCGACUACCUGUAACACAGCCAACAACUCGAGUACCCAUAACACAAUCAACAACCCGCAGACCAACAAGUCGACUACCUAUAACACAAUCGACCACUCGCAGAACUACAUCUCGAUUACCCAUUACAUACUCAACCAUUCGUAGACCAAUAACUGAGAUACCAACAGUACAAACAACAAGUCGAAGACCAAUGCCACAGUCAAGUAGAACGCCUAUACCAGAAAGGCGACCUACUUAUUCGCCGGUGACACCAUCAACCACUUUAAGGCCAGCAAUACGGCCACAUUAUUCUUCGACGGCGAUUUCAACACAAUACUACUCAUCAGCUCAAACUACAGAUUCAUGGCCUUCUCGAAGCACAACGCCUGCCGAAGACUAUCAGCCAGAACUAAACAAGGAAACUGCUAGCGAAAUAAUCACUUUCCCACCUUUUCCAGGAAUGACUAGCAAAACAACAGAGAGAAUAUCCCUUUUUAGUACAACUCCAAGUGUCCACAGAAUUUCAACAGUAAAGCCUCAAACUACAACGCAGAAGACCACAUCAUCAAUUACGAGCACUACAGAGUCACCAACAUCAGUAUUCCCUUCAACAACAGAAAAACCAACUUCUCUCCAGGACUAUACUAAAGAAACUGCUGCUGCUCAAAACCCAACUACGGAGGAUAUUUUAUCGGCCAGUGACUCAAGUGACGAGUUAAACUCUACGACCCUUAAUCCCAAUAUUGCUAUAACAACACUGGGAGAAGACACGACUGAACAAAGGUUUACUAUGACUAACACUAAAACUGACUUAUUCGACAAAACCUCCGUAGUAUACCGACCAGUCCAAAUAUUAUACGAUGCAUAUGGGAAUGAAAUUAUCCCAAGUGUGCAAACGGAUGAGGCAACAAUAACUGAAGGUGAUCAUUUAGAAGACACUACUCAGCCCAUGACUGUUGAGCAAUGGGAAUCAAUGAAAACAACGGAGAAUGUUCAAGAAGAUAGUACGAUGGAAACAACACAAUCAAAUAAAGUGAUAGCAUCAGCUGACAUAACUACGCCAGAAUUACCAGAAAGUGGACAUCUUGUAACUUUAACAAGUACUGAAAAGCAAACAUUUAGUACAACUUACAGUGAAGAUUUGGGAACGAUUAUGAACAACCAGACCGUAAGAAAUAAUCAAAGUGAGACUGCAUUUACCAGUGAUGAAGAUGCAAGUAAACUGGACUGGGUGUUGAAAUUUACCACAAAUACAGAUCCUUUUUCUAACGCAGUAUUCACAGUUAAAGACGGAUACACAUUAGAAGAUAAUGCAGUUACGAUGAAGCUCACAAAUUCAGCACAAAAUGAGGCACAAAAUGAUGAACAAGUUCAUGCUGUAACCACGGCAGAAAGUUACGAAUUAGGCUUCAUAGACAAUCACAAACCGGCUGCACCAUCUUCAGACUCUAAUACUUAUUUAUCAAAUUUUAAUACAGAAUCAAAUGUUUCACAGGGUGCAAUAACUGCAAGCCAGAAAGUAUCAUCAAAAUCUCCUCAACUUCCAGAAAUUUUCUCUGAUGAUGACAUAUAUGACAUCUAUGAUUAUUACGAAGACAUAUUUGAUGAAAACGAAUUUAAACCAGAAGAAAAGGUGACCACUAAAAACGAUUCAGAACUCUAUCAUCAAAUGACAACGAAUGAACACCAUACUACGAUACCGCCACUAGGUACAUUUGAUGCAUUGGUUCAACAGCAUUCUGAUAUAUUUGAUCAAAAAGAUGUGCAAGACAAAUAUACAGUUAUGCAUGAUUCUAGUUUUGAAACCACAGAGAACGUGGACAGUAAUAAUCUAAAAACAAUUUUUCCAACCGUUCCUAAUGAAGGGAAAUUAAUUUACAAUACUACAACCUCAAAACCCACAACAAAAUAUUCUCAUAAACCGUAUUUUCCAACAAUUCCAUAUGAAUGGAACUUCGAAAAUAAAAAUAAUUCCAUAGAUGAUGAAAUUAAUGAAUCCUAUUUUUCUACUGUAGCAAAUGAAAGUAACGUUCACCUUAAAACUACUACUAUCACUCUAGAUGAUGAACUAGAUGAUGAUGCACAUAUUUUAGAUCUUAACAAGUUGGGUACAGAAACAAAAACCACAGUAGUAACAAUUGAUAAUCACAGGCCACCAAUUUCAACUAUUCAAAACGAAUUUUUUAAACCUGAUAUGCCUUUAUUUCAAACUAAUGCUGAAGGAAAAAGUACAGUUAAUGACUUCGAAGAAUAUGCAGAGACAAGAACAAGCCCACAGUCAUUUUCAACAAUAAAUUUACUUACAACGUUCUUGAACAAAUUUCAAACAUUGCCAGAUGAGACUGAGGAAAUUUACAAAGAACCAGAGCAAACUGAAGCAACUACUGAGGAUACUUCUAGACUGUCAACUUUCACUAAGCGUCAAACUAUAAUAUAUCCAUUUCCAACAAUACAUAUGGCACACACGACUAGAAGGCCCAUGACCACUGAACCAGAAAAAGAUUUCGAAUCUACACUUGAUGACAAUGAGCUGUAUUCAUCAGUUACAAAGGAAGAUUAUUCUUCAACUUUCCCAGACAAAGCUGUAACAAUGCAACAUGCAUCACAAACGUAUUCCAUUCCUACUGAGACUGAUAACAAGGUAGGUUUCGAACAAAUAAGUGAUAUUACAAAAGUGGACGUACACCAGAAUUUUACCAUGGAUGAUAUUACACCUACUGCUUUCGAUGCAUUAGAAACUGAAGCUUCGGAAAACGAAAUUGAUUACACGAAAAGCACUGAAGGCGAAACUCAAAAAUUCAGUGAUACACCCACUGCUGAUAGCUGGAGCACUAACUUACCAGUCGUAACAAAUUAUAAUACGGUAAAUGCGGAAACAACAUUAUCCUCUGAUGAACACUUUGAAACCACUGCGCCAUCAGAAAUUUCAACAAAAAAUGAUGCAGCAGAAGUUUUCAAAGACACAACAGUAACAAAAACGUUUACGCAGCCUGUUACUACGACAGUAGUCACAAGUACAAAUGCAGAUACAUUUACACAAGAAGAAACAACGCCCGAGUCGACUACAUCAGGGUUACCUACUACUGCAGUACCAACUACAACAGAAAUAGAUCUUUCUUCUGCUGAUUUUAGAGAAGUAUGUGGACGACCUAUGCCUGGACCCGUGGGCCGAAUUGUGGGAGGUGGAAAUUCUUAUUUUGGAGAGUGGCCGUGGGUGGUUUCUUUAAGGCAGUGGAAGAAAAAUACUUUCCUUCAUAAAUGUGGGGCUGCAUUGUUGAAUGAAUUCUGGGCAAUAACUGCUGCACACUGCGUCGAAAAUGUCCCAUUGACAGAUAUUUUACUUCGACUGGGAGAAUACGAUAUCAGCCAUGAGAAUGAACCUUUACCGUUUGUGGAAAGAAGAGUACAAAUUGUUGCUUCUCAUCCGCAGUUUGACCGAAGGACUUUUGAAUAUGAUCUUGCUCUUCUGAGAUUCUACGAGCCAGUAACAUUCCAAAAGAAUAUAUUACCUAUUUGUGUACCGAGUGGUAACAAUUCUUACGUAGGAAAGUACGCUACUGUUACAGGAUGGGGAAGGCUACGCGAAGAGGGUCCACUUCCUGAUGUUAUUCAAGAAGUUUCACUGCCAGUUAUUACGAACAAACUAUGUGAAAGUAUGUAUCAGGAUGCUGGUUUUGUAGAGGAUAUUCCCGACAUAUUCAUAUGUGCAGGCUAUGCUGAUGGUGGAAAGGAUUCUUGUGAAGGGGAUUCUGGAGGUCCCAUGGUCAUUCAAGAAGAUGACGGAAGAUGGGUGCUCGCUGGUGUCAUUUCAUGGGGCAUUGGAUGUGCAUUGCCCAAUCAGCCGGGUGUUUACACGAGGAUUACCAAAUUCUCAGAAUGGAUCAAUCAAAUAAUUAUAUUUUAGAGGUUUUGAAAUUAAUGCACAUCAUGCCAAUAUUGAUACAUUUACAGUCAUAUUUUGAUAUAUUUGGUGCAAUUCAGCAUGUUCCAAACGUUUCAAAUAAUAUUAAGACUUGUAAAUUUUUAUGCGAAGAAGUUUAAAGGAUGAGUUUGACAGCUUUUGAAUUCCACGAAGAAAGAUGUGAAUUUUUUAAAGGACUCUACUAAUUGCCAAUUCUUUUUAUCAGUUCUCAGAAUGUUUUCCAUUUUCUAAACUUACAAAUCAUGAGAAAGAGGUUUAUGGCAUCUGCAUAGAUGCUAUACAGCCCUUUUAUUUCUUCAUUCAGAAAGAAAAUGUUUUGACAUAUAUAUGCUCAUCAUAUUUAUUACUAACGCCAUUUUCAUCCUAUUUAUGAACAUCAGAUGCUCUUAAGUACUUAAACGUGCUUGAAUAUUUAUUUUUAUUUUUGUUUAGAAAGCUUGUAUGAUGAUACGUGAUAUAAGCUGCAAUUUUUGAAUUUUUUUAUAUUCGUAAUAAAUUAUGUUGUUUUUCAAUGUA